UGUUCCUGUGCUGCUUUCCAAGAUGUAGAGGUUCAGGCCCCAGGAAGUGUCCCUGUACGCCUUGGCCAAAGCGGUGGCCACGCUGGACCCUCUCUGACCCUCGACGCAUCUGUGGCCUGAAAUGCAAAAAGCUCCUCCCUGGAACUUCUCUGGAACUUUCUCCAACUGCCUCCAACGACCAACUGCUGCCUCCUCUCCUGCCACUCCAGGAGCCUUCCCUGAAGCUCCCACCCUCUCAACACCAGCAGAUCCUGAUUGCCUUAAGGGCCCAAGCUGUGGGACAUCCUGGAGGGAAAUUUCUCCCCACCUUCUCCAGCCCAGACUUCUCAGUGCUCCGCAGCCACCACCUAAGAGCUCUCACGCUGCCCUGGGUGUCCAUGGGCUGGGCGAUGAGGCUGGCCACAGCAGUCCUUUUGCUGGGCGUCGUGAUGGUGGCUGUGGGAGGCGAGGAAGAGAAUGACCCGUGUGUCUACGAGGCCCUGCCGGAUGAAGACGCUGUACUCUGCAAGGGCCUUGGCGUUUUCUACCCUGAGCUGGGGAACAUUGGCUGCAUGUUUAUUCCCGACUGCGACAACUUCCGACAGAAGAUCACCACCUGGACGGAGCCCAUAGUCAAGUUCCCCGGGGCCCUGGACGGCGCAAGCUACAUCCUGGUGAUGGUGGAUCCAGACGCCCCCAGCAGGUCGGAACCCCGAUCGAGAUUCUGGAGACACUGGCUGGUGGUGGACAUCAAGGGCGCUGACUUGAGGAAAGGGAAGAUUCAAGGCCAGGAGUUAACAGCCUACCAGCCUCCCUCCCCACCAGCACACAGCGGCUUCCAUCGCUACCAGUUCUUCAUCUACCUCCAGGAAGGAAGGGUCAUCUCUCUCCUUCCCAAAGAAAACAAAACUCGAGCCUCUUGGAAAAUGGACAGUUUCCUGAACCGUUAUCGCCUGAAUGAACCAGAAGCAAGCACCCAGUUCAUGACCCAAAACUACCAAGACUCGCCCAGGUUCCAGGCGUCUGGCAACGGCAAUGGCAACGACAAGGCCAAGAGCCAACACAAUUAGAGAUGACCACUUGCCAUGCCUGACCGCGGGGGUCACCCUCCUGGCAUGGGUCCACUUGCCACUACCACCAGCCUGCUGUGGAAGCCCUCUGGGUAUGAAAG